CUUCCUUCCUUCCUUCCUUCCUUCCUUCCCAGUGGUUAGAAUGCAGUAUUGCAUUCCUUCCCUUCCCUUUCCUUCCCUUUCCUUCCCUUUCCUUUCCUUUCCUUUCUUCCUUCCUCCCAGUGGUUAGAAUACAGUAUUGCAGGCUAACUCUGCCCAUUGCCAACAGUUCGAUCCCGACUGGCUUAAGGUUGAUUCAGCCUUCCAUCCUUCCGAGGUGGGUCAAAUGAGGACCCAGAUUGUUGAGAGCAAUACGCUGACUCUGUAAACCGCUUAGAGAGGGCUGAGAAGCGGUACAUAAGUCUUCGUGCUAAUGCUAUCUUCAGUUAAUGAGGCUGACGAGGCAGCGGCCAAACCUCUUGCGCAGCGCCAGCUGCAGAAAAGCCGAUUUCCAUAAGGUCCCUCUUAAGUUUGUCUUCGUGGGGUGAGGCCUACAAACGCAAUGGGGGAGGGGUCGUCUCCGUGCUCUCAUGGGCUUGGAAAGGGGGCUGCCUCUCCAGCUUGGGGAAGGUUGGGGAGGGCUGAGCCCUGUCAUGCAGCCUCCCUCCCCCACCCACCUUCAUGAUGCCCCCACAGGACGCCUUCCGUAGCCUUGCCCUCCUCUUGUGACAUCCUCCCCUGCUGGAGCCACGGACCCAGAACUCUGCCUGUGCUUUUGAACCCUGGAGCUGCUGCUCAGUGAGGGUUGGGGUGGCCCUGUGGCUAGGACACCGAGCUGGUCGAUCAGAAAGGUCGGCAGUUUGACGGUUUGAAUCCCUCCUGCAUGAGCAGGGGGUUGUAUUAGAUGACCUCCAAGGUCCCUUUCAACUCUGCUGCUGUUACCGUUGCUGCUCAGAUCCGUGUGCCAGCAGCGGAGGCUGUGCUUGUCCAAGCCAGAAACUUGGGGAAAGCCGCUUGGGUCCUCAGCAACCUUCCCCCGGCCCACCAGGAUUAGCUUUAUUUAUUUAUUUAUUUAUUAUUUUAAUUUAUAUACUGCCCUUCUCCCGAAGGACUCAGGGCGAUUUACAGCCAAGUAAAACAAGAAUCACAAAAAUUAAAAACAUUUUUUAAAAAACUAAUUCAAUUUGGCUAAGAAACUAAAAACUCUAGUAAAAAAAAAAACCCAUUAAAACUAUAUUAAGCCAGCCCUGCGCGAUGAAACAAAAAUGUCUUUAGCUCGCGUCGGAAGGUCCGGAAGUCAGGGAGUUGACAUAUCCCUGGAGGCAGCUCGUUCCAGAGGGUUGGAGCCCCCACAGAGAAGGCCCUCCCCCUGGGGGUCUCCAGACGACAUUGUCUGGCCGACGGCACCCUGAGGAGACCCUCCCUAUGGGAGCGCACGGGUCGAUGGGAGGCUGUUGGUGGCAGCAGGCGGUCCCGUAAAUAACCCGGUCCUAUGUCAUGGAGCGCUUUAAAGGUGGUAACCAGCACCUUGAAUUGCACCCGGAAGACCACCGGAAGCCAGUGCAGCUUGCGCAGGAGAGGUGUUACAUGGGAGCCUCGAGUUGCUCCCUCUAUUAGCCGCUUGUUUUCCCCUCCUGUCCCGUCCCCCCGUCCCCCGGAUCAUUUUUGUGCAGCAGAUCCUCUUGCCCGAGAGGAAUGCGUGUUUGAGAGCCCUGCCCAACAGAAUGGCUGCCCUUUGGGACAGCAGAACCAUCCUGUCACUCCUGUCACUCAUCAGGGCUGGGAGGAGAGGUUGGGGGGGGGGGCGGAGGUGAGGCUGCUUCCAGAAACAGCCUGUUCCCUGGGCCAGGAUAUGGGGUGGAGCUGGCAGGUUUGGGAGCCAGCUCUGGAGGGAGGAGGCCGUGGGGAGGGGCUGGCCCUUGCCACCGUGGGUGGACCCAGCCGCCGGUGACCUUUCUCCUACAUGCAGCCACCUGCUUCCCUCCCCUGCCAAGCCCACUGGUGAAGCAGCAAAUAAAAGUCCCUCUUUGAUCUAGUUUCACCCAGAGGGAGGCGCAGCUCGGGCUGGUGCAGAGAGCCAGGGCUGCCAAUACUGAGCAGGGCUCAGCGCAGCUCGGGCUGGCCGUUGAGGGCAUUGAUGCCAGCUGCCUGGGUAGAAAGGGGCCCUCUCGCCUCCUGUCGGGGCUGCCACUUCAAGGCUCCUGCUUGGGUGGGGAGGCUUCGUGUCCCGUCUCUCCGCCUGGGCCAGUGGCAGCCGUCCCAUGGAGCCUUCCCCCCGCCGCCCAGCAGCGGCCUCCGUCUCCCCCCCGGUGGAUUUUGUCCUGGGUGCCGCGGCGUGCUGCAUGGCCUGCGUGUUCACCAACCCGCUGGAGGUGGUGAAGACACGCCUGCAGCUGCAGGGGGAGCUCCGUUCCAGGGGUUCGUACCCUCGCCACUACCGAGGGGUGCUGCAGGCCAUGGUGGCCGUCAGCCAGGCCGAUGGACUCCGGGGUCUGCAGAAAGGACUGGCGGCCGGACUGCUGUACCAGGGGCUGAUGAACGGCGUGCGAUUUGGCCUCUACUCCCACGCCGAAGAUAUCGGCCUGACCCAGCAUCCAGGAGGGACCUUGGCAGCCGGAGCUGUGGCCGGGGCACUGGGGGCCUUUGUUGGCAGUCCGGCCUACUUGGUCAAGACGCAUUUGCAAGCACAGACGGCGGCCGCCGUGGCUGUGGGACACCAGCACAACCACAAGAGCAUCUCCGGGGCCUUUGAGGCCAUCUAUAAGCGGCAGGGCCUGCUGGGGCUGUGGCGCGGUGUGAGCGGAGCAGUGCCUCGCGUCACGGUGGGCUCCUCGGUGCAGCUGGCCACUUUUGCCUCCGCCAGGGAGUGGGUGGCAAGGCAGCAGUGCUUCAAGGAGGGCAGCUGGAUGGUGGCCCUUGCUGGGGGCAUGAUCAGCAGCGUGGCCGUGGCCGUAGCCAUGACUCCCUUUGAUGUGGUGAGCACGCGGCUCUACAACCAACCGGUGGAUGAAGCAGGCAUGGGCAAGCAUUACCGGGGCUUCUUCGAUUGCGUCGUGCGGGUCUCGGGGAAGGAAGGCGUCCUGGCCCUGUAUAAGGGCUUCGGCCCUGCUUACCUCCGCCUGGGACCACACACUGUUCUCAGCCUUUUCUUCUGGGAUGAACUAAGAAGGGUCACCUGGCAGCAGACCACCUGAUGACCCCAGGCUGCUCAGGAGCCUCCAGCCCCAGAGAGAGCAGGAUUGUUGGGGUGGGGGGACGGGAGAGAAACAGCUCUUUCCCCAGCUGGCGCGCCAGUAGGUUCACCUGCUGCAGAUGUGUCCGGAUACGCAGGCGGCUGGAGAAUGACGGAUGACGCAGAGCCAGUUAUAACCUUCAAGCAAAGCUUCAACCACCACCCUUUUUUUGGGGAGCGGGGGAUGGGGUCAGUCCCAAAUUCACCACCUGAGAAAGGACUGUUCCAAGCAGACUGGAUUUUACUCCUCCCCCUGCCUCCUGGAAGUCGUUUACACACACACACACACACACACUUCACUUGACUUACACUCCAGGCACAGAGGUGGGAUUCGCUUACCUUCCCUAAAAGGUAAAGGUUCCCCUCGCAUAUAUGUGCUAGUCGUUCCCGACUCUAGGGGGCGGUGCUCAUCUCCGUUUCAAAGCCGAAGAGCCAGCGCUGUCCGAAGACGUCUCUGUGGUCAUGUGGCCGGCAUGACUCAACGCCAAAGGCCCACGUAACGCUGUUCCCUUCCCACCAAAGGUGGUCCCUAUUUUUCUACUUGCAUUUUUUAUGUGCUUUCGAACUACUAGGUUGGCAGAAGCUGGGACAAGUAACUGGAGCUCAUCCCGUUACACAGCAGCACUAGGGAUUCGAACCACUGAGCUGCCGACCUUUCGAUCGACAAGCUCAACGUCCUAGCCCCUGAGCCACUGCGUUCGCAAAUGCGAGUGCACGCGUCACCUCUGCGCAUGCGCACAGCCUUCUGCGCGUGUGCAGUAGUACUGCAUUACAUCCGGGCGGGUGGACGGAGCCUCCCGCAACUGCCAUGACCGGUUCACGCGAAGCUUCUCCCACAGAAGAGGGAGAUCAGGUAAAAAGCAGGAAAGGAAGAGGAGGAAAAAGAGAGAGAGAUGAGAAGGGGCCAUUCCUGCUUUGGAAAUGCUGAACUCUCUGCUGGAGUGGCGGCAGGGGGCACUCCUAGGACCGAGAGCUUGGCAGUGGCCCCAUUGCCUCUUCUGAUCUUGGGGAGCCAUGAGAAGGGACAAGGCGAGGAAGCACAAAAGGGACCGGUUGCAACUAUCGCUGGGAUUGUGUAGUGUCCAGGUGCCAGUACCAACACAGCUAUCAACAAAGCAAAGGCAGGGAGGCCACAGUGGCCAAAGGCUUGGCUGUAGACGGCGCCUCCCGCAGGAAAGAAAAGGGCGCUGGACUUCUACCCACUCCCCCACCCCCGGAUUUAUGGGUCGCUCGUUGGAAGCAUCUUUUUUUUUUUUUCCCUUGCCUUGUUGGUCGGGCAAAGUUUAGUUGGCAACAUUAGCCAGGCUUUGGGUUUUAAGCCACCGGGAAACGGCGGAGGCGUCGGGUCCAAGGGCCCAAGUUCAGAGAUGCAAGAAGGUGGGGCUGAGAAUUAAUUGCUGUCCCGAACCAGAUGGCCCUGGACCUCCUCGGUGACCUCCCCCCACCCUCACCCUACCUGGCCUGGCCUGGCACUGCAGGACUGGGGCAGAGAAUCGGCUACGGGACGCAUCCCCUGUUUCUGUUGUAAAAAUAAUAAUAAUAAUAAAGGCUUUGUUUUCACAAACGAGAGAGCAGCCUUUGUGUGACCCACCCUCUGGGUCCUCACCAGGGGUGAAACCUACUUACCUUCCUUACCGGUUUGGAAGUGCUCGUGCGCACGCGUCACAUGCGUGUGCAGACGGUAAAAAACACAUUAUUUCCUAGUUAAAAGCAGGAAGUAAUGACACCUGGCCAGUGAGUGGCGCUUCACUCCGUCAUCGCUACCGGAUCGCUAAACUACCGGCCAUGAUCGCUACCGGAUCGCGCAAUCCGGUCCGAUCCAGGAGCAUUUCAUCCCUGGUCUUCACUCACACUCCAAAAGGGAGUCAGCACAAGUGGCCGAGGGACCAGGGUGGGGGGGUUGGGAGAUGGGUUCAAAGCUUCCUGCAUCGUACACCGAUUGCUCAUGCUGAACCAGCAGCGGUGUAGAGUCGACCUCCGUCCAGGGCUGAUCCUGGCCAGAGGGAUGGCUCCUCUGGCUGAGAACAGAGGGGAGGGGAGGGCACUGCACUGACGAAGGAUGGAUUUGGGAGCUUGCCCAGGGAAAGGAAGAGCCUGCAACCUGCCAGUGGCUCCUAUGUUGCAGCAGAGGGAGGCCCGGCCCCACAUGUCUUCCCCCUGGCAGGAGGGCUUGGCCUGGCCCUGAGGCCAGUGGCGGGGCAGCUCUCCGGUCCUCCAGGUGAAGAGGGAAGCCAAACGGAGCAGCGCUUCCUGUCCGAGGCGUCUCUUUAAGGGGCGUUUCACAUAUUAUACUGGGACGGAAGGUGGCUAUGGACCUUUGGACCGAGGCUGCAAGUGUCCCAGCCUUUAGCGCUUUGUGGUCUUCAGAGGUAUCGGACAUGCGCGCGCGCACGCGCACACACAUUUGAUUGCCUGCUUAAUAAGUCUGAUUCAGUGGAUCCUCUAAGCUGCAAAAAGCGGGGCUGGUUUUUUUAGCCCUCUAAAGCAGGGGUCACCAACCUUGGUCCCUUUAAGACUUGAGGACUUCAACUCCCAGAGUCCCUCAGCCAGCAAAGCUGGCUGAGGAACUCUGGGAGUUGAAGUCCACAAGUCUUAAAGGGACCAAGGUUGGAGACCCCUGCUCUAAAGUUGGGAACACCUUCCUUCCCCCACCCCCACCCCUUCUCCCAUUCCCUUGCCUGUUGCGGGAGGCCCUGCUUGGUUUCCCCCACAGCUCCUGCCUCGGGCUGGAAGAAUUUGAGCAAAACUCCCCGAGGUCUGUGGCUCCCAUCAUCCCCAGCCCGUAGAGCAGAGCCUUGGAAUGAAGGCUGCUGCAGCUGGGAGGGCCUUUCCCAAGGCAGA